AUGAAGAAGUACCGGCGGGCCUUGGCCCUGCUCUCUUGCCUCUCUCUGUGUUCCCUGGUCUGGCUUCCCAGUUGGCCGGUGUGUUGUAAAGAGAGUUCUUCAGCUUCACCUUCAUCAUAUUACUCUCAAGAUGACAGUUGCGCGCUAGAAAAUGAAGAUGUACAAUUCCAGAAAAAGGAUGAACAAGAGGGACCUAUCAGUGCCGAAUUAUCAGGAAAAGUGGGUUCAAACUUACCUGUUCUUCCAGAAGAACAUAAGUUAAAAGAUGACUAUGUUGUGGAUGUACAAAAUAUGGAGUCAAAAACGUUAAGUCCACCUGUGAUUGAGACACACUCUACAAUUGAUCUACAUGAAGAUUCUUCCGCUUUAGUGGGCAGUGAAAACAUUGAAAAUAUUUCCAGUUCAUCUACCUCAGAGAUCAUUCCAAUCUCAAAACUUGAUGAAAUAGAAAAAUCUGGUACUAUUCUUAUAGCCAAGACACACGAAACUGAGCAACCUGAAACUGACUGUGAAGUUGGUGAGGGCCUGGAUGCCAGUGUUCCCACCGACCAGCCUUCCUUUGUCAGUCCCCAUGAAAGCCUUGUUGGCCAGCAUAUAGAAAAUGUGUCCUCUGCACGUGGUAAAGGAAAGAUAACAAAAUCAGAAUUUGCAUCGAAAGUUCCAGCAAGUGAUCAGGGUGGUGAUGAUCCAAAAUCUGCAUUGAAUGCUUCAGAUAAUUUAAAUUUAAAAAAUGAGAGUUCUGAUUAUAAAAAAACAGAAGAAAUUGAUCCUGCAUCUGUGACUAGUCCCAAAGACCCAGAAGAUAUACCAACAUUUGAUGAGUGGAAGAAAAAAGUUAUGGAAGUAGAAAAAGAAAAAAGUCAGUCAAUGCAUGCAUCUUCUAAUGGAGGUCUACAUGCCACAAAAAAGGUCCAGAAAAAUCGAAAUAAUUAUGCCUCAGUAGAAUGUGGUGCCAAAAUUUUGGCAGCUAAUCCAGAAGCCAAGAGUACAUCUGCUAUUCUUAUAGAAAAUAUGGAUCUUUAUAUGUUGAAUCCUUGCAGCACUAAGAUUUGGUUUGUUAUUGAACUUUGUGAACCAAUUCAAGUAAAGCAGUUUGACAUUGCAAAUUAUGAAUUAUUUUCUUCUACCCCUAAAGACUUUCUGGUUUCUAUCAGUGACAGGUAUCCCACAAAUAAGUGGAUUAAACUAGGGACUUUCCAUGGUAGAGAUGAGAGGAACGUCCAGAGUUUCCCUUUAGAUGAACAGAUGUAUGCAAAAUAUGUGAAGGUGGAAUUGGUAUCCCAUUUUGGAUCAGAGCACUUUUGUCCAUUAAGCCUUAUAAGGGUAUUUGGCACUAGCAUGGUUGAAGAAUAUGAAGAGAUUGCUGAUUCCCAGUAUCAGUCAGAACGGCAAGAAUUAUUUGAUGAGGAGUACGAUUAUCCAUUGGAUUAUAAUACUGGGGAGGAUAAAGCCUCAAAAAACAUUCUUGGUUCUGCUACAAAUGCCAUUCUAAAUAUGGUGAAUAUUGCUGCUAAUAUUCUUGGAGCAAAAACUGAAGACCUGACAGAAGGAAAUAAAAGUAUAUCUGAAAAUGCCACAGCUGCAGCUGCACCCAAAAUGUCUGAAUCCAUUCCUGUUUCAACUCCUAUUUCUUCAUCUGAGAUUAUAAACACUGAAGAACAGAGACAUGACACAGAGGCAUCAUCACCAGAUACUACAAAAGAGAGCCCCAUUGUACAGCUAGUUCAAGAGGACGAAGAGGAGGCAAGUCCAUCUACAGUGACCCUUCUGGGUAGCGGAGAACAGGAGGAUGAAUCAUCACCCUGGUUUGAGGCAGAGACACAAAUAUUUUGCAGUGAACUGACUACAAUUUGUUGCAUUUCUAGUUUUACAGAAUACAUUUAUAAAUGGUGCUCAGUUAGAGUUGCUCUUUAUCGACAGCGCAGUAGAACUGCUGUGAGUGAAGGAAAAGAUGAUCUUGUAUUAGCUCAACCAUCAAUACCACUCCCUGCAGAAUCAGUAAAUGUUUCGGAAUUACAGCCUCCAGAUGGAGAAUUGGACAAUAAGAAUAAAGAAAGGGAAGCUGAAACUGUUGUUCUAGGUGACUUAAGUAGUAUGCACCAAGGUGAUUUGAUUAAUCACACUGGAGAUAUAAUUGAACUUGAACCGAGCCGUCCACAAACUCUUUCUCAGUCUCUUCACUUAGAUGUUACUCCAGAAAUCAAUUCAUUAUCUAAAAUAGAAGUAUCUGAGCCUAUUAAAAAUGAAGCAGGACACGCACCUUCACAAGUGAUUCCCCAGGAGAGUUCUGCUGAGGUUGAUAGUGCAAUAGAAAAGAAGUCAGAGAGUUUUCGUUCUACAGAGAAGCCAACUGUGAUGAUCUAUGAAACUAAACUUAGUGAAGUAAUAGAUAAGUCUGUAAAAGAUGACACAAACUCCAUGCAAAUUAUUACAAAGCCAUCUGAAACAGUAGUGCCACCUAUAAACACAGCUGCCAUGCCAGACAGUGAAGAUAGGGAAGCCAAAAUGAACAUAGCUGACACACCAAAGCAAAUGUUGACUCCUAUUGUGGAAUCAUCUUCCUUACCUGAAGUGAAAGAGGAAGAACAGACUCCAGAAGAAGCCCUUUUAAGAGGGUUACAGAGGACAGCUACGGAUUUUUAUGCUGAAUUGCAAAAUUCUACAGAUCUAGGAUAUGCUAAUGGAAAUCUUGUGCAUGGAUCAAACCAAAAGGAGUCGGUAUUCAUGAGACUUAAUAAUCGUAUUAAAGCCUUAGAAGUUAACAUGUCUCUCAGUGGUCGCUAUCUGGAGGAGCUUAGCCAAAGGUAUCGAAAACAAAUGGAAGAAAUGCAAAAGGCUUUUAAUAAGACAAUAAUAAAACUCCAGAAUACUUCAAGAAUAGCAGAGGAGCAGGAUCAGCGACAAACUGAAUCCAUCCAGUUGCUGCAGGCCCAGCUGACCAACAUGACACAGCUUGUUUCAAACUUAUCAGCAACAGUAGCAGAAUUGAAACGGGAGGUUUCAGAUCGGCAGAGCUAUCUCAUCACUUCUUUGGUUCUUUGUGUGGUUUUGGGAUUGAUGCUUUGUAUGCAGCGCUGUCGAAACACUUCUCAAUUUGAUGGAGAUUACAGUUCAAGACUUCCUAAAAGUAAUCAGUAUCCAAGCCCUAAAAGGUGUUUUUCUUCCUAUGAUGAUAUGAAUUUGAAAAGGAGAACUUCAUUUCCACUCAUCAGAUCCAAGUCUCUACAGUUAACUGGCAAAGAAGUAGACCCAAAUGCUUUGUACAUUGUAGAACCCCUCAAGUUCUCUCCAGAGAAAAAGAAGAAACGCUGCAAGUACAAAACAGAAAAAAUUGAGACCAUAAAGCCGGCAGACCCAUCGCACCCUAUAGCCAACGGAGACAUUAAAGGAAGGAAGCCCUUCACGAACCAGAGAGACUUUUCUCACGUGGGAGAAGUGUAUCACUCUUCUUACAAGGGUCCUCCCUCGGAAGGGAGCUCGGAAACUUCGUCACAGUCAGAAGAGUCUUAUUUUUGUGGCAUUUCAGCUUGCACGAGUCUGUGCAAUGGACAGUCCCAAAAGACAAAAACUGAGAAGAGGGCUUUAAAACGAAGGCGCUCUAAAGUCCAAGACCAAGGGAAGUUGAUAAAGACUCUGAUACAGACUAAGUCAGGGUCAUUGCCGAGCCUGCAUGACAUCAUCAAAGGAAACAAAGAGCUCACUGUGGGGACGUUUGGUGUGACAGCAGUCUCGGGACACAUCUAG